ACAAUUUGUCACGUGAAGAUCUGACAAAGUUUGUCAAGAAACAGAUGCUUCUUCUCCAGAAAACUAGAGCAAAAUGUGAUGAGUUGACCAAGAAGGUGACGGAGCUGGAGUCCCAGAGACAGCUGAGUGAGGGUGAGGGGGGAGAUGGGAACCAGGAGGAUAUAAAGAACUUGAAGACAAAAAUAGAAGAACUAGAAGUGGAGAAGAAGGAGAUGUUGACAGCAUACAAUGCUGUACAGGCCUCGCAGGAACUGGCCGCUAACAAACUACAGGAUAUGGAGGGACAGCUUAAUGAGGCAAACAAAGAAAAAGAAGAAUUAGUGGCACAACUGUCUGUUUCUAAAAGAGAAAAGAAGGAACUUGAAGAACAGCUGGAGUGUAUGAAGAUGAAGGACGAGACCAUGAAUUCCUCUCUACACUUCAUGCAGCAAGAACAGAGUCAACUGUUAGAAGAAAAUAAGAAAUUAAAGGAACAGGAAACUGUGCUGUCUGAUGCCAGGGAUAUAGUGAUGCAGAAACUGAAAGCAAUGAAACAACACCAGAUGAAGAGUCAGGCAGAGUUUGAGGAGCAGAUACAAAAGUUAUCAGAGGGAAAACAGGAGUUGUCUGCCUUGAUGCAAACCCUGGAGAAAGAGAAGAAGGAGGCUGAAGACCUUGCUGCUGAGAGAGAAAAUCGGGUCAAGGUCAUGGCUCAGAAAAUGGACAAAAUAAAGACAGAAUUAGAGGAGGGAGGUGAACAGAAGGGGCAGGGUAGCAAGGUAGAGGAGAUCAUCCAGAAAGUGGAACAGCUGGAGAAACUGUGUCAGCAAUUGAAAGAGGAAAAGCAGGACUUGGAAUCAAAGCUUAAUGAACAGACUUUGGAGGUGGAGAAAUUUAAGUCUGAGAUAAUGAAGAAGGAGGAACAGCUGAAUCAGUCUUCAUCAGAAGUUGAGAAGUUAAAAUCUGACUUGAAUUUUGUUACUGAGGAACUUACAAAGUCACAGGAGCAGUCUUCAUCAGAGGUGGAAAAGUUAAAAUCUGACUUGAAUUCUGUCACUGAGGAACUUAAAAAGUCACAGGAGCUGUAUGUGAGUGAGCAGAGGUUUAAAGAAGAUCUGCAAAGUGAGAUUGAUAAUUUACAGUUCCAACUUCAUGAACUCAUGCAUGAGAAGGAGGAAGAAUCUCAAAAAGAGGCUGCUGCUGAAAAACCUAAACAAAAAGCCCAAGAAACAAAGAAAAGUGGAAAAUCUGGUCUAAAGGGUAAUGGAGCCAUUCCAAAAACUACAGACAUAAGAAAGAAGUUGCAAGUAGUCACAAGGGAAAAAGAGCAGUUAGAACAGGAAAUGAAGAAGGUGCUUACAAGAGAUGAAAGUCUGUCAUACGAGGUCAGUGAACUGCAAGAAGAAAAGGAGAUGCUGAGAAAUGAUGUUCAACAGAUGAAUGAACAGAUGGGAGAGUGGGAGCACAUGAUGAACAUGUUACAGGAGGAUAAGAACAGGAUGCUGCAGGAACUCGAUGCAGCAGAAGCCAAGGAGAAGAGAAUUCUGGGAGAGCUGGAUGUUGUGAGGGAGAUAUUGGGAAUGGGGAAGAGGGUGGAGAAGAAGGAGAGGGAAGAAGAUGAAGAGGAAGAAGUGACUGAUGAUGGUGAUGAUGUAUUUGAAGCUGAUGAGGGCCCAGGGAUUGUGAUCACUGAAAUAGAGAAAUUGAAAGUGAAACUGAAUGAAAUUGUCUCUCAGAAUAGUCAGUUGAAAGUAGAUUUAGAUAGUGCCUAUGCAAGUAAGGGAGACAGUACGGUAGAAAUCCAGGCAGUGAAGAGGGAAUUAGCUACAUUGGUGUGUGAGAAAGAAUCAGCUGAGAGGGAGAAAGAGUCUCUGUCUGUCAUUAUGAAAUUGGCUCAGGAGAAGGAGAAAGAUCUCACUGAAGAAAACACCAAUCUAAAGGGAGUCAUUGAUCAGAAUGAGGAGGAGAAGGCAGAACUCAGAGGAAGAAUCCAGGAGGUUCAGCAAGAGAUCAGUAAGGUGGAGGGAGAGAAGCAGGAGCUGAUCAAAGCAGCAGAGGAUUCCAAGGAAAGCUAUAAAGAAAUGGAAGAAAAGGUGAAAGAGAGGCAGGCAUACACUGAGGAACUGGAGAACCAGAUUUUGGAAAUGUCCAACAACCUCGCAGAGGCACGCAAGAAACAUGAGCAGUUUAUAGCAAAAAUGGAGGUGGAAGAAGAAUCUGCCACAUCCAUGCUGCAGUCAGAAAUUGAGAAUCUGAAGACAAGGAUUGAGGAGCUUGAAAAGGAAGGGGAAAGGAGGAAACAGGAAGUGGAGGAUGUGCAGGGUCAAAGGGCAGAGAUGGAGAAAAAAUUCCUGGAUAAAUCCGAGGAGUUACAAAGAGUGAAAGAAUCUUUCGAACUUUGUGAGAAAGAAAAAUCUGAGUUAUUAACUCAGGUCGAGAAUUUUAGUAAAAUACAAUCAGAAAAAGAUGACAUUUUGGAAAAAUGUGAAAAUUUGAAAGCAAAUUUGGAUGCUAUGGAAACGGAAAAAACACAGUUCUUGGAAACAAUCAGUCAACUUAAUAAAGAAAAGGAUGAACAAGUUUCAUUAGUGGAUCAGUAUUCAAACAGUGUCAAAGAAAAAGAACUGUUAAUUGAAAAUCUAAAAAGUGAAUUAGAGUUGUUUACACAAAAUGCUGAAAAGUUGUCACAAGAGAAGGAAUCUGUAGAAAGUGAACUGGUUCAGAAACUUAAUAAUGAGAUUGAAAACAGGAAGAAAGAGCUAUCUGAUGCUCAGAGAGAAUUGGCAGAUGUUGAAGAAAAAGUGAAGUGCUUAGAGAGUGAAAAAAGUGAGUUGAAUUCCAGGUUAGAGGAGAAAGAGGUACAGAAUUCAACACUUCAGACUUCAUUGACAGAAACAUCUUCAAAGGUUGAAAACUUGAAUAAAGAACUUUCUAGUCUAUCAGAACAAAAAGAGGAACUGCAGAAAGAUUUGGAGGGGAAAAUGAAAGAAAUAGAAGAUUUAAAGAUUCAUCUGCAAAAGACAGAGUCAGAGAGGAAUGAACAAAUAGAGGCAGUGGAGAAAUUACAGGGGAUUCUUCAGACAAGUGACUCAGAAAAAUCAGAGAAUCAGCAGGAAGUUGAAAGUCUGAAGACUUCAUUAAAGAACAUUGAAGAAGACAGAAAUAAUAGAAUGAAGGAAAUAGAGAACUUACAGAAUUGUUUACAAGUUCUGGAGUCAGAGAAAGAUGGACUGAAAGAACUAAGAGAUCAGUAUGAAGAGGUCAAAGGUCAGAAUGAUCAACUUCUAGAGGAAGUGAAAAUCUUGAAAGAGGAUUUUGGGAAAUCAAAGGCUGAAAAUGAGAAUCUGAGAGAAGAAAUGAAGACUAUUUCAGAAGGAAGUAAUGGUGUUAAGAAUGAGAGAAACACGCUGGCCUCACAGGUGGAAGAACUUAAAUGUGAAAAAGAAAAACUAGAGGGCACUCUUUGUCAAAAGGAUGAGGAAGUUCAAAAUCUGUGUUCAGUGAAAGAAUCUGAAAAAAAUGUCUUGGAAACUGAGAUUCAAAAACUAAAAACAGAACUUGAAGAAAGUGUGAUGAAAUUCCAAGAGAUACAAACUCAGUUGAGUGAAACAGAGGAGGUUAAGAGGUCAUUAGAAGAAGAAAAUCAGAAAUUAAAAACUGAGCUGGAUGAAAUCUCCACACAAAAGUCUGUAUUGGAUGAGUCUUUAAAUGAGUUAAGGGCUCAGAUAUCAGGGAGAAAUACAGAGGAGAGUUCAAUGUUAAAAGACAUCCAGAGCAAAAUCGAAGUAAUUCAGAAUUUAGAAAAAGACAAGAUUAAAAUGGAAGCAAAAUAUAAAGAACUUCAAAAUGACAAUGAAAGCUUAAAAACCUCUGUGGACGAAAAAGGUAGAAUAAUGGGGGAGUUAACAUCAGAAUUAGAACAGGCUAAAAAAGACUUGGCUUCAAUGAAUGUGGCUAACAAAGAAAUGCAGGAAGUGGAGGCACAAUUGAGGAAUGAGUUGUCUGCCCUUGGUGAGAAGGUUGCAGAAUUGCAGAGUGUUAACAGUGAUCUAAACAUACAAAUCCAAGACCUGAGAGGAAAAGAAAGUGAGACUCAGCAGAGAUCAGAGAGUUCUAAUGAGGAGAACAAAGGUUUGCAGCAGAAACUGAAAGAGAAGGAGGAAAUGUACAAUAAACUGAAAUCUCUGGCCAUGAAAAGCAAGAAAGAGGCAGGACAGCUCAAAUCCAAGAAUGAUGAGCUACAGAAAGAAAGAGACGACUCUGUGAAGAAAUGUGAAGAACUUCAGCAGCAGUUGUCUGCUCUUGAAAUCUCCCAGAAGUCAGAAUCGGAACUCAUGAAGAGUUUCCAGCUUUUACAAGAGAAGUAUGAUAAACUGGAGUUGGAGUUUGACUCAAAGACAAAGGAAUCAGACAGCUACAAGUCUGACCUUGAGAAGGUCAUCUCUGAGUUGGCUCAGGUCAAGGAGACAAUGGCCACAAGUAAAGAGGAAAAAGAACAACUCAUAAAGGAAGCAGACAGAUUGAAAGGAGAGGUCAAGAAACAAGAGGGAGCUAUAUCUGAUCUGAAAGGAAAAUUGGCAUCUGCUGAAAAGGAAAGGGAGGCUUACAGAAUUCAGAAAGAUGAAGUCGUGAAGGAAAAACAACAGGUACAAGGAAAGUUACAAGACUCAGAAGACAGAAUGAAGAAAGAAGGAGAGAAACACAAGAGUGUGGUGACAGGACUACAGAGUCAAGUCCAGGAAAUUCAAAGACAGUUAGAGCAGGCUAAACAGGAGGCCAAACAGAGUAAUAUGAUGGACUUGGAGAUCGCAGACUACGAGAGAACAGUCCAGGCUCUCAACAAGACGAUCUCAGACAGGGACGUGACAAUCACGGAACUGAGGGGGGACGUGGAGAGACUAGAGGAGAAAACUAAGGCCCUCAAAGAACAGAUAGAUGCUGUAGAGGAACAGAGAAUUCAGGCAGAUGACAGAGCAAACAAACUAAAACAGAUGUUAGUCAAAACCAAGAAAGAGUUGUCAGAUGCCAAGAAAAUGGAAACAGAGCAGAGGUCAUCUGAUGCCCAGUUGAGAGGUCAGCUGGAAGGGCUGAAUCAACAAGUGGAGGAAAGCAAGAUACAGAUGGGAGAACUUGCUGCAGAGAAGCAGAAAUUACAGGAGAAGCUUCGAUCCCUGACUGAUUCCAACCAGAGGACAAUCCGGUCUCUUGAGGGGCGGAUCCAGUCACUUCAGGAUGACUUGGAGGUCACCAGGAGUGAGAUGAAGGCUGUCCAGGCAGAGUAUGAUGGCUACAAGGUGAGAGUACACAGUGUUUUGAAACAGCAGAAGAAAGGAAGCCAGGAAUCAGCUGUCAGUGAAAGUGAGAAAAUGGAAAGAGAGAGACUAGAAAAGGCUCUAGAACAGCUGAAGUCAAAGAUCCAGGAUCUAAGUGAAAAACUGAGGACAGCGGAGUCUGACAUGGAGAUACAACAAGAGGAGAACGCCCACUUAAUGGGUCGCUAUAACAAGUUAGUGGCCGACAUACAGGAGAAAGACAAUACCAACAGGAGGAGAUUGGAGGACUUGACCCAUGAGAAGGAUCUACUAGUCAAGGAACAGAAGGAAACCAUUAAACAGCUCAAUCUACAGAAUGAUACAAUCACUCUCUCAUUCAAGGAUCAGAUACAGUCUUUACAGGAGGACCAGAGCCGUGCUAUCAAUAUGUUACAGAUGCAGAUAGACUCACUGGAGCGUGAAAACACUCGCCUACAGAGGGAGCUUCAGCAGCAGAUGUCAAAGGUCACCAGUGUGCGGUCAGUCAUGGCCACAGAGAGACAGAGUCCUGUGUCUUCAGGGAAUGAGUUUAUAGUGCAUGACAUCAGGCAUGAAGAACGACAGGAAGGGGAGGGAUCCGAAAUAGUUGAUCCAGAACCCUGCUCAAAGGGCACAAGUAAACCAUCCCCGUUACCACUAGACAGGCUUUUAUCAACAGGCCCCGAGGACACAGUGUAUCCUAAAGAAGUGACUGAGAUAGAAGUUGAGACACUGAGAGAGAACCUGUCCACAGCUCAUAAACGGAUCGAGCAUCUCAACGAGUUGUCCAAUGAAAAUGAGGCCACAGUGAUGAGGUUGGAGGAACAAGCUAAGAUUCUAAAGGAGGAAAUCCGUCGACUGGAGCGGAACCAGCAACGUGAAAAAGAGGCUGCAAAUAUGGAGUACCUCAAGAAUAUUCUUCUAAAGUUCCUGAGUUUGAAGGUCGGAGACGAGAGACAGCAGCUGGUUCCUGUUCUGACUACAAUGUUAAAACUCAGCCCUGAGGAAAAGGCAACUCUGGAUACAGCUGCUCAGGGAGAAGACAAUGCAGCUAAUCCACAACAACAGCAGCAAGGGGGUGGAUGGGGGUCUUAUCUUCACCGCUGGUCAGGGUUAGUGUGAGAAGCCACGGCAACAUUCCUACACAAACAAAAUGACUGAAAGUCACUCUAAUGUGAAGAAACUUUAAACAAAUCCUGGAAUGAAGAAUAAAGACUUGUUUUUUUGAGUGAAGAGAUUGUGAAGAGCUUGACAGUUCAUUUUCUGAGAACAGUGUGACAAUGUUGACACGCCUGGGAGAAAUGUUGAAUGGCAACACAAUGAGGACCUGCCUGAUUGUCUGUAUGUUUGUGUGUGUCCACUGUUUACACUCAACUUUAGUCCUGUGAUAACUGGAGUCAUGACUCUUCAAAUGAAGAAUGUCGUAUGCCAUGUUUGACACCAGUGCUAGCUUCAGUGUACAUUCCGAACUACCAAGGAGAGUACCUUUCUCUUUAGAAGUUUCAUGAAAAAGAAAAUUCCAAUUCAUUUCAAGAAAAGUG